AUUAGCUUUAGAGGAAAAAGGCUCGUCUGUAGCUUUGGUUUUACGUUUAAAGCCUGCAUUUGAUUCUGGAGACUAAAGUUCAUUUAUCCUUCUCAUUCAUCAACCUGACUUUAAAAGGAAUGAACAGCAGCUAAUCAAACCCUUUCAUAUGGAUCUGUGCGAACAGCUUUGGGAAAUUUAACUGUUGGUUUUGCUGCUCCCAGAAAAUGCAGAAUCCAUCUUUUUUACACCGUUUGUGUUAUAAGCUCAUUUUAAAUCAAACGGGCCAUCUGUUUGACUCACUGGUGCAGAAUCAUUUGAUAGAUUUUAAAGCAGCCCGCUGGCGGCUUUCCAUUCAUGACUUUGGAAUUAGGGAUCAAACUAUCAUCACACCCCCUCCCUAGCGGAGUCUAAGCUGAUGAAACAUGCCACACCAAUCACCGCUGGACUCAGACUUCCAGAUGGAGACAGCGGUGUCGGGGAGGAUCUGACGGAGCCCUUGCAGCAUCAUGAGACAGAAGCCGGCACUUCUCUUGGUCUCCUUGACUUUCCUCGUGUUGAAAAGUCAAAGCUUUGAGCUGCAGGACACGAUCCACGCCCUGAUAGAGGAGAACAUUCACCUCCACGACCAGCUGGAAAACCUCACUCAGGCCCUCCGGGAGCUCAAACGGAUGCUCUGGCAGCAUGGGAACAAUCCAGAUCGCAAGCACGACGAGGCCGUCCAGCAUCUCUGGGAUGAAUGGUCACAGCUUGGUGUGUGUGUGCAUGCAUAUCCCACAAAUAAGCUCACUCAGGAUCAGAUCUGCUUUGACAUGACGCCAUUUCCUCCUCCACGCCAGGCAUCAGUGCAGAAACUCACCUGCUGCUGGAGCACGUCUUUUGUGGAUAUGAUGUCCCCGACUCAGCUGCCCAGAUCCAUGAUGGAGCAUCCCUUCUGCUGUUGGGGUUCCCCUGCGUUGCCAUGCUGCUGCUCAGCUGCUCCUGAACUCAGAACUGUCACUGCUGUCUUUUAUGCUCAUUUUCUUUCAUGGAAUGUGAAUUUUGUGUCUCACAGCCAGUGGAUGAAAUUAGAAACAUCACUGUGCAGUUUUAAUCUGUUGUCUCUGGGAUCAUCGCCCUCUCAACCCGACCUGUUCUGCUCGGAGCGAUUACAGCCGACAGGAGGGAUGAGCCGAGCUCUCGGGCUGUAUUAAAACACGUCUCCUUUUGGUAAUUACAGCAUUUAUUUUUAGUGAUUUGUUAAAUUUCGUGCAGCCAAUUCUAAAUAAGAUAUUGAUAACACAAAACCGUUAAAAUAAUCCCUCCUUGUGAUCAGUCGUCCAACAAAGAUCGUGUCAUUUAUCUAGUUGAUCUAUCCGUAAAUGAACUGUUUUCACUGUCAGGUUUACUCAACACACCUGCUUUGGUUUUAAAACUAAUUAAGAGAGAUCCAAUUAAGUCUGAAGUGAAGAUCGACCGAUAUAGGGUUUUCUAUUGCUGAUACUGUCACAGAGGUCAGGGGUCAGGUGAUGGCCUAUUCGGGCCAGUUUUCAUGAAUGAGAUCUAGAUGUUUUUCACGUGUUUAUAUGUCACUAAUAGUAUCAUUUCUGACCCUACAUCAGUUUUUACCACAUAACUGAACCAGAACUGAAUCUUAAUUCUGUGCUCUGCUCUGUUAAUCAAACAUUUAACCAAAGUUAACAAAACAAAUCAAUAAACC